AUGGAGAAUGAUGCAGGAAGCAUCAAUGGGGAUAAUUACAAAAAGAAUUGUAUCAACUGUUACAGUUCUUCAGGUGUUCGAGAAGGGGAAAAAGAGAGCGAUGUAGAACAUGAAGCUAAUAGUAUGAGACAUAAUCUCUAUCCUGUUACUGCACAGCUCAGCCUCGAUUCAGCUAAGUUUGAGACUGUCCCGCCUAACAUAGAGACGAAGAAUCUAAAUACAGUUCCAGUGAAUGCCAUCUACUCGUCUGAACGUCCCACUCAGGAAGAGAGAUAUACACAUACCGCACCUGCAGGUACGGAAGAGAAAACUACUAUAAAAGGACAACGUAUCUCCACGUCCUACUCCAGUAAAGAGCAAGAAGAAGUGCACAUGCAUAUUUAUUCAACAACACAAGGUAGAUUAUCAAGAUACAUCGGCUCAUUCGCCUUAGGAUACGGCAAAAGUCGACAACAAGAAACUCUCGGAGAGGAAUCGAUAGUAGUUCAGCUUGAAGAUCCGACGAAAAUAGAUCAGACUACCGAACAUCAGUACUCUUAUGGAUCUCCUACGAACUACGAACACAUUCUAGACACGGAGUCUACUACGUUGGAAUAUAUAACGAAGCACACAUAUAACAAGGACUCAGAAUUGCGGAAGGAUGAAGAGACAUUACAUCGCACUGUACAGAAAUUCAAUCAUCAUUCACCUACGACUAAUUACAACGCAGGAAGUACAGCAAGAGUAAUAAAGAGGAAGCUUCUGGGUCCAGUAACGUCAAAACAAGGCAUUACAGUCACGAAACGUAAACCCUCCCCUGCACCACAAUCAAUCCAUGAAGAGGUGCGAACGAAUUCACUAGAGUCAUUUACAUUUGGAAACGGAGGGAAUGAAAUCUGUGAUAAGAAUUUCAAAACACCAGAACAUGAAGAAAAAAUUAGUCUGAUUUCACAUGAAUACGGUAUCAAGACGACAUGCAGCAACCAAAGCGAGAACAGCGUCGAAAAGACACAACAGGCCGAAGCUGAUGAUUCAUUAAUGUUAGAGUCAAUCACGACCACAGCUCAACAGAUCUCUAAUCUUGUGACUGUAAGUACUGAAAAGUAUGGGAAAACAUACUCUGAUCGAAUAAAACUUUCUACUGCUAUGGCGAAGAAGGAACAGGAGUAUAAUACCUUGUCAAUGCAAGAAAACACAAAGGAAUUACAUUCUAGCUUUCAAUGGAGUAGCGUAGCUACAAAGGAAGAGUGUAAUGAACCCAGUAUGUCAGGGCAAGUCACACAAAGUAUUGAACAAAAACCUCGCCGCAAGCGCUACAGAAAAAUGGAAAAGACGCGCUUGCGGUAUUUUACUUUGGUAGACAGAGACCAGCUGAAGGAUACCGAGAAUUUAGAAAAAACUGAAAUCGAAAACAAUUUAGAUGUAGAAACGCUGGACAACAGUUCCAGUAAAAACAGUAACAGCGAAGAAAGAGCUGAAGAUACGAGAGCAAAUGAUAACGCAAGAAUGCCGACGCCCCAAGGACCUCACAUAACUGGGAAACAAAAUAACUAUAUGACGAGGCUCAGCUAUCGGGAUCGGGCUAGCUCUGCAACCCAGGUAACGGACUCUCUUCCUACAACUGAGGAGACAAGUACAGAUAUGUGGGACAUAGAAGAAGCAGAUGAACUAUUAACGUCUCAUACAGAUGGACAUCAACAUUCUUCAAAAGCGUGGGCAGCAACUAUCGUCUACAAGCCUGUCUCUAGACCAGCCACACAUACGAAACCACCCUCAUCCACAUCAACUCUAUCAUCAGUUGUUGGUCGUAGUGGACCUCCUACAAUAGAAGAGAUAACCACAGAUAUGUUCGACACAGACGAUUCAGAUGAACAGUUAAAACCACUUACUGAUAGAAAUGUGCUAUGGACGAAACCUUCAAAAGGGUGGGCAGCAACUAUCGUCUUCAAGCCUAUCAGUAGGCCAACCACUCUUACGAAACCACCCUUACCCACAUCAACUCCAUCAACAAUUGUUAUCCGCAGUCAACCUCCUACAACAGAAAAGACAACUGAAGAUACUUUCGACACAAAUGAAUCAGAUGAAUUAAUGUCACUUAGUGAUGCACAUGGGCAGUGGACAAAACCUUCAUCAAAAGAGUGGAUAGCAACUAUCGUCUUAAAACCUACCAGUAGGCCAACCACACAUUUGAAACCACCCUUAUCCACACCAACUCCAUCAGCACCUGUUAGUCGUAGUGAACCUCCUACAAUAGAAGAGAUAACUACAGAUAUGUUCGACACAGACGAUUCAGAUGAACAGUCAAAGCCACUUACUGAUGGAAAUGUGCUGCGGACGAAUCCUUCAAAAGGGUGGAUAGCAACUAUCAUCUUUAAACCUACGAGUAGGCCAGCCACACGUUUGAAACCACCCUUAUCCAUAUCAACUCCACCAGCAACUGUUAGUCGUAGUGAACCUCCUACAAUAGAAGAGAUAACUACAGAUGUGUUCGACACAGACGAUUCAGAUGAACAGUCAAAGCCACUUACUGAUGGAAAUGUGUUGCGGACGAAACCUUCAAAAGGGUGGAUAGCAACUAUCAUCUUCAAACCUACAAGUAGGCCAGUCACACGUUUGAAACCACCCUUAUCCAUAUCAACUCCACCUGCAACUGUUAGUCGUAGUGAACCUCCUACAAUAGAAGAGAUAACUACAGAUAUGUUCGACACAGACGAUUCAGAUGAACAGUCAAAGCCACUUACUGAUGGAAAUGUGUUGCGGACGAAACCUUCAAAAGGGUGGAUAGCAACUAUCAUCUUCAAACCUACGAGUAGGCCAGCCACACGUUUGAAACCACCCUUAUCCAUAUCAACUCCACCAGCAACUGUUAGUCGUAUUGAACCUCCUACAAUAGUAGAGAUAACUACAGAUAUGUUCGACACAGACGAGUCAGAUGAACAGUCAAAGCCACUUACUGAUGGAAUUAUGUUGCGGACGAAACCUUCAAAAGGAAUAACUUCUCCUACACGACAUGACCUUCAUUCCUCUUCCACAAUGACUAGCCCUAUUUCAUAUUCGUUAACAUCAUAUGGAACAUCCAGUUCAUUUUCAAAAUCGACGCUUCCAUCAGCGUUAACUGACAAACCAGGGUCGUUUGAUGAAACACAGGUCAUUUCUUACGGUGCUUCUCCAAGUCCUACUGCUCCCUAUAGUGGCACCAAAUCCGCAUCUUUCGGUGACGGUGGAACAUCCUCCACAUUGAGCCCUGGAUCAGCAACUGUCUGCCACCCAUUGCCAACUGGUGGUCCUGACUACAGCAAACAUCGGACGUGCAAAAGACUGGUGAAGACAUCUUCGGGAGACUCCACCCGUUGUGCCUUUCUAACACCACCCUUAACACUGCGGCGUACACUACGUCGUCGUGUGAGGAUCACAACGCCUUCAGCCUCGUGA